CUGAUAAGCCUGUAGGCAGACAUUUGUGGCUGUCAAACCACAAACAUUUGAUAGGUCUGCCCGCAGAUCUGAAUUGGUCACCACUGGAAAGCCAGAUCUGAUCUGGUGGGGUCGGCGCGUAAAUGACGAACGCCGUUGACGUGGUAGAGCAGGCUGCCGGUAAGACAAAGAAGUUGAAAGAACCCCACAGAUUACCAUCAAUACGACGCCGAGAAGGAGGGGGACUGGGAGGAGGGGAGAAUGAACGAGCCUGCCGACGUCCCAAUAUGGACAACGAAGAUAAGGGAGGGUCAGGUCUCAGCUGGCGUGGGGAAGAAGAAGAAGAAGAAGAAGAAGAAGAAGAAGAAGAAGAAGAAGAAGAAGAAGACGAAGAGGAAGGGGAAGAGGAAGGGGAAGAAGAAGAGGAAGAAGAAGAAGAAGAAGAAGAAGAAGAAGAAGAAGAAGAAGAAGAAGAAGAAGAAGAGGAGGAAGAAGGAGAAGAGGAGGAGGAAGAAGAAGAAGAAAAAGAAAAAGAGGAGGAAGAAGAAGAAGGAGGACGAGGAGGAGAAGAAGAAGGAGGAGGAGGAGAUGACAAAGAAGAAGAGGAUGCAGGCAAUGAGGGAGGAGAAGGAGAGGGAGGGGGAGGGGGAGAGGGAGAGGAAGGCAGAGUAUAUAUCGUCAAACAAAGGGGCUGUGACAGGGAGUGGCUGAGAGGGAGAAGAGGACAAACUGUUUCGGCUGAGAGGGAGAAGAGGACAACAAAGGAGAGACUGUGACAAACUGUUUCGGCAGAUUUUCACCGACUC